UUUACUUCUAUAUGGUGACAGGAACAAGAAACUUCAUUCUUUUGACUUUUGCAGAUUGUAAAUUGAAGGUUGAAUUUUAUCAGAGUUGAAAGUGCGUAGUGACUUUUUUGAAGGAUAAUAGUGUGAAAAGGAUUUGUUGACUAUUUAAAAGAAAAAGAGCCUGAACAUGAGUAGAAAGUUGAAAUCCCUCUUCACCGUAACAGUAGCUGGCUAUGCGACUUAUGGUGUCCUAAGCUUCUGUAAAGGAAACGAAAAUUUUUAUAAGAACACCAUCAUGCCUCUUGUUCGUAAACUCGAUCCAGAAAAUGCGCACAAACUGGCUGUGUUUGCAAGCAAAUACAGAUUGAUUCCCAAGAGUACCUAUAAGGAUUCCGAAAUCCUCAAAGUCAACAUUUUUGGUAGACAAUUCUCGAAUCCCGUUGGCAUUGCGGCAGGUUUCGACAAAGACGGUGAAGCGGUGCUUGGUCUACAAGAUAUAGGCUUUGGAUUUGUUGAAAUAGGAUCUAUAACCCCCAAACCUCAGCCUGGAAAUGAAAAGCCCCGUGUCUUCAGGUUAGCAGAGGAUCAUGCUGUCAUUAACAGGUACGGUUUCAAUAGUGAAGGACACGAUGAUGUGCUGGCCAGGAUCCAGAAUUUAAGACGAAACGAAAAAGAGUUGGUAGUUUUGGGUGUUAAUUUAGGAAAAAAUAAAACCUCAGUUGAUCCAAUUGAAGAUUAUAUGGAAGGCAUCAAGAAAUUUGGAACAAUUGCUGAUUACCUGGUCAUCAAUGUCAGCAGUCCCAAUACGCCUGGAUUGAGAUCGAUGCAAAAUAAAGACAUUUUGAAAAAUCUCCUUAGCAAAGUGGUGGAGGCUAGAAAUAAUCUGCCAAUCAAAGAGAAACCGUGCCUCCUUUUAAAACUGGCUCCUGAUUUAUCCAUGCAGGAAAAGCAAGACAUAGCCGAUGUACUGAAGCAGAAGGAAUGUAGAGUUGAUGGUUUGAUUGUUUGCAACACGACCGUAGACAGGCCUUCAUCGCUGACCUCCGAAUGGAAAGGUGAAAUUGGUGGAUUGAGUGGAAAGCCCUUGAAAGACAUGUCUACGGAGAUGAUCCGUGACAUGAGCAAGUUGACUGGUAGGAUGCCCAUAAUAGGCGUAGGAGGCAUUUCUACAGGCCAAGACGCUUAUGAAAAAAUAAAAGCCGGCGCUUGUUUAGUGCAGCUGUAUACAUCGAUGGUUUAUGAGGGUCCACCAGUUGUUGCCAAAGUAAAGAGGGAACUUGAGCAACUGUUGAAACAAGAUGGGUAUAAGAAUGUAUCGGAGGCAAUAGGACAGGAAAAGUGAUCCACCCAGAGUUGAGUUCCUUCUUCUUCAAAGAGAAAUUGAAGAAAGAGUAUACACAAGUUUUCACUAGAAUCUGUCGGCUACUUGUGAGACGGAAGAUUUGUCAUAUGGAAUAAGAGUCACUUUCGAGAUGGAAGAUUGGUCGUAUUGAAUGAAAGUGUCAGUUCCGCGAAGGAAACUAAUGAUAAUUUCGGGAGUUGAGGAAGUAUAAGAUACCAGUCCAUAUGUUUCUGUACGGUAUUUUCUAUUUGAAAAAUUGUUAUGAAAAUUCAUAAAGUUAUUGAGUAAAUUAGUUUGUAUUGAUAACUUAUAAAAUCUUGAAAGUUAAUUUAUUGAUGAGGCUUGAAAAUGUUUGUACAUUGGUAUAUACAAUGUAUAUACAUUGAUGUAAAAAUGCGUAUCUGCCUAUAAUUUUUGUUAAAAUUCCGACGAAUCUGAGAAAAGACAUAUAAAUGAAAGAAUGUAUAUCGAAUGGGUAGGAUUUUGGUAAUUCCAAGGUGAAGUUGCAUAAGUGAAUAAUUUUUUACUUCAAUGUCGAAUUGUGACAAAUGUGAAAUUUUUGUUCAUAGGUACUUAUUUCAUUGAAAUUGGAAACUUAUUCAUGUGUGAAUUUUCAUUGAACAAAAUUUUACUUUGUCUAUCAAAUAUGUGAUGUACAGUUAGCCUUCAUAAUUUUGUUGGUAACAUAGAUCAUGAGAUACAAAUCAUUUCACAGAAUUAUUUUUUUUGUUUUUGUUUGAUUCAUGCAAAAAAAGAGACAGUAACUCUUGAAUUCCGAAUGAUUGAAAAUUAUUAUAAUGAUUUUGAGAGAAUAAUUCUAAUGUAUUCAUGAUGUGUUUCAUUCAAUUGAGAAAACAUGAUAUCAGAAAGACACCUGGUGAAUCAACAAUCAUUUUUGAAUAUUUCAAGAUAUAAAUAAUUCAAAACAUUUGAUAGUCUUUUUCAUACUGAAGUUUUUCUGUUUAAUAGUAAUUGCCUUGAUAUUCAUUAUGUUCAAUUUCUGUUGAAAAUGAUAUUUCAAUAUCUCUGGUUGCACAAAAAAAAUUAUGAAAAAUUGAGUUUUUGAGCUUAUUCAAAUCUAUAUUGAACAAAAUUUAAGUCCAAAUGGUCAGAAUAUGUAUUCAAAAGUACUGUAUUUUAAUGUUCACCUCAUGAAUAUGCAAUUAGACAACCCUUGCCGAAACAAUAUAGCUCAGGUAACAGACUGGGAAUUGUCUAUAGAAUUGAAAAUAAUUGUCCUUUCUUAAACUUCUCUGAAUUCCUAAUGUUUGCUAAAUUCUUUCAAGUAACAUAAUCCUUAAUAAUGUGGUGGAGUUGCCCAAUACUAGAUGAAAAUCCAACAUAAAUCCUUAGGUUUAUUUUUUCUCUUGACAUGACUUGAAAAACUACUGAAAAAAGCUUUCAAAUUAGUUUUUUGUACAAUAAAUAGAGCUUGAUGUCUUGAAGUCUAUGAAAUAACUGUGAUCAGUUAUUUCGUAGAUAAGAAGAAGUAACUCAAUAAUGGCUCGUUAAAAUCAUUUACAACAAUUACGUACUCGUCUGAAAAACUUUAUGCAGAAUCACAAUCUUCAACCUGCAAGCAACUGUAUCUACAAUGUCUUCUGACAUAAAGCAAAUCCCCUCUGCCGACUAUUCACACAAUACAAGAUUCCGUUAUAAAACCUCUAAAUAGUACAGCCAAAAACCAACGAUUCUUUGUCUAACUCUGUCCACUAGUAUAUGCCCAACUUCCCCGAAAAAUGGAAGGUUUACCAACAUUUAAAUUCAAGAGAGCUUUGAGAACUUGGUUCUUAAUCAUUUCAUUUCAACCGAUGAUGAAAAAAUCAUAGAUGAUUGUACUUUUUUUCAAUUUAUAACGUUUCAUUGAAACAUUAAGAUCCAAAUUAGAAAUAGCUUCACAAACAGUAAUAGUGUAAUAGGGAGGGUGUAGUUUUUUCCUGUACAAGGUCAAACCUUAAUAGAAACGAAGCUGCAUUUCGGUGUUAUUUGCUGUUUCUUCUUUGAGUACUGUGUUUAACCUUAACCUACUUCCUCCUGUGGAUUUCUACUUACAUCCACUGUGAUUUUGAGUUCAAAAUUUUUUCCCUGUGCUCAAGAUGUAUACUUACAGAAACCCAAAAUUUUCACUUGACUGAUACAUUAGAAUAUUGUAACUUGUUCAUUUGUAACAUAAGAAAUCAUUUGAUUUGAUGGACACGUAGUUCUUACUUUUAUAAUAGCGAAUUGUUAUGGUUAGAAUUAGAUAUUAUACCUUUGAUAUUACAAUUUAUAUUUAUAUUUUCAUAAAUUGAUAAAUUAUAUCAUUUUCUCACCACUUACAAGCAUCUUAUUUGCUUCCGUGGGCUGCUCCAUAUUUAUUUGUAUAUAUUUUUGUUUCUUUAUGAAUAUAUGUUGAAUAAUUA